UCGCCUGUCUUGAUAGGGUUGAUGAGUUCAACUACAUCAAUCUUGUUGUUGGUAUCAUCAUCUCGAAAGGGGAUGAGUGAUACUUGCAGCGGAUUUGAUUCAACUCUAUACUGAGGAGGCAGUCUUGGUGAUAGACCACUAGUACUUGACAUCUUGUUAUACUUUUAUAUAAUCUUUGCCCAUCCAUCCCUCUUAUUCCAGUCAUAUAUGACAGAGAGCCCAACAUGAUCUCCUCAAUACAUCUGCCCUUGUUGGUUCUGGCCAUCUCCCAGACUACGUGUACCCAAGCUCUCGAAAUCACCCCAAGAGACAGCCAAGACUCCUCUUCUUCGCAAAGCCUUCCUCUAGCCGCCACCAUCGGCAUCAUCGUCGGCGUCAUCUCCAUCUUUGCACUCGCCACCGUCCUCUUCAUCAUCUACUUUGCUCGCCAGAGACCCUCCCCUUAUAUCGAGCAACGCUACUAUUACAGGGAAGAAUAUGUCUCUCCCAAAACUUUGGUUGAGCCUUGGGGCUAUGUCGGCAACCAGCCUCAUCACCUUUCCGACUUUCAGGGCGCUGCACACAUGACUGAUGGCGCCUCCGAGACCAACGGCCAAUACUAUAAUCGUAUGGAAGAGGCUGCUCGCCAUGGCCACAUCCAGCUCACACACGAUCCAAGAUCUGUCAUUCAUGGCCCUGACAAUGCCAUGCCUGCUCACCACGCCUACGAUCCCAACACCGUAUCAAAGAAAGAUAGCAGGGCUGGCUCUACCCGCUCCCUAUCACCUCCCCGACCAACACACAAACUCAGGCCAAGCACGCCCGACUCAUUCAUCAUCCAAGCGUACAAGUCGGUCGUGGAAGAUGCCUCGCGGCAAUCCGCUCUGCAGUCACCUCCUACUUCAGGACAGCCUGCACUACCAUCUCCAUCGGAGCCCACCUCCUCGCCGACCUUGAGAUCUUCAUCUCGCUGGAGCUCUAGACUCUCCUCCCUCUCUCUACCCAAAAUCCACAUACCCAAGAGAAACGCUCCCCCAAGUCUCAUCCUGCAGCCCAUGGCAAUGGUCAGAACUUCUGCGGACCGCCAGCUGCACAUCACGCCUCCUCUCCUGAACGACCCGAGAUUCAUCGACAGGCCACUUGGCGCCGGAAUCGUCAUUGUCGACCGCAAUCGCCCACCCACUCCCAGAGCCAGCGACAAGUACUCUGCCUACACAGAAGUUCCUCUGGCUAGUGGGAAGAGCGUCUUGUACGGAAUGUGAAAAGGAGAGGACGGGAAGAUCCCACAUUUUCUUUUGUUCACACAUAUACCUCUCACACACACACUCGUUUACAACCUCUCUUUUCCUUUGUUGUCUUUUUUGUCGUAUAUACGGGAGGCCCAGCGAUGUAAGACUCUUGGAUGGCUAUUCAAGAUGCUACGGGGUUUGGUGUGGUGGCUUUAUCUGUUAAGCGGCGUUGGGUUUGCGCGAGGUAUUCAGCCAUAUGGAAAUGGCCGUCGAUCUUUUAUACCCUGGGAUAUCUAUCAAGGCGUUAUGGUUGAAAUCUAUAAAAUACUCUAUUCCAAAACAUGUAUUCACUAUUAUAUUCUGAAGCCGCGCUGGCCGUUGCGUCACAUCAUUUCAGUAGUUGCAAUACAUUUCUAUGCACGGUGCAACAACUUGCAUCAUC